UAGACGCGAGCUGCCGCCGCCGCCGAUGGCGCUGUCUGGGUGAGGUUUGGGUGAAGGGUCCAAGGCCCGCGGCGCGGACCACUCGCUCACUGUGGUGUGCCGGCUGCGCACAGCCGAAGCAGCCGCGGUUCGGGAUGCGCUCUGUAGCAGCGGCCUUCCGGUGGUUCGCUUCGGGACACUCUGUCCUCUGAGAGACGUCGCCGGCGACAGUCGCAUCCUCGGCUUUUUCCCCGUCAUUGCGGACUCUUCAUCCGGGACUGUUCGCUGACCACCAGGGUGCAGCUCGGAAGCUGUGGUCUCCCCGUGGUCUCAUCCGGUGUUCCGACUGGGCGAGGGUGUUGGAUACGAGUGGCUACUGUUGUUCCGUCGCCCCACGUGCGAGGCUGUGCGCGUGUUGACAAGGGCGUACUUGAGGAAAGCGAAUCUCGGAUUAUGUCCCUGUCUAAAGUUUUCUGGUGGCUCGUCUUGUGGACGCUUGGGUGCCUGCCUUUGCAAGUUCCCGCAAAAAACUUUACGCUGACCUACGUCACGACGUCCUCCUCGUCGUCCUUGCCGACGUCGCCCUCCGUCAAGUCACGUGGGAGGAUCGGAUCCUCCGCCAGCACGUCCUCCAGCCCAGCUUCGGGCUCAGUUCUUGGCUCUGGCUCAGGCUCCGGCUCGGGAUCCGGCUACAAGUCCGGCUCCGCCGUAGAGGUUCACUGCGGCGCCCGGGGCCUGCACCCUCGGCCGACGCUGCGGCUGUUCAGCAUCACGCCGGACAUGCGGCGCACGGAGGUGCAGCGGGGCCGCCCGCGCACGCGCAAGGUCAACGGCACGUACGACAUCGAGCUGUCGCGGUCGUUCGGUGCCGAGCAGCUGCCGCCGGCCCUGACUUUCGAGUGCGUGCUCGAGAUCCCGGGCACCGACUACGAGGUGCGCCGACGCACCGUCUACAAUCCCGGUUAUCUGUUUUUAACAGAUGCGUCUCCGGGUGCGAGUAUGCCAAAGAGCUUAAUCGUCCUGCUAGUCAGCCUCGCGCUUCUAAAAAAAUAUUACGCCUGCAAAAGUUGAAUAUUGGCCCCAGGGUUGUUACCAGAGUUACCGGAGCUUGGACGACGUCUGUUCGGACAUUGAAAGUUUUUGUAUUUAAAGUGUACAUAGUACAAUAUAUAUAUAUUUGUAAGUAAACUAUAUUCUUUUUGAUGAAAGAGUGUCAAUGCCUCACGUUAUUUUAUAUGCGAAACCGAUUUAAUGAGAAAGUUUGCCACUCUAGUAAUAUCAGCAUACAAGAGUUAUACUAUAGAAUAAUUCAAGAUAUAUAUGUUUCAGUUACUUGUGUAUACUUUGUACAAAAUUGCGAUUAAAUAAAAGGUUUACUCGGAUCGAAGCA